AUCUGCCCGCGGCCUAUAAAAGGAGCGGCCGGCAGGGUUUUUUUCCCUCAGUCCGCUGCGGAGGCGCGAGCGGUGGGUUUCUCUGUGCCUGUCUCCCUCCCGGCAGGGCGCGCGUGCCGCCGAGACAGCCCGUCAGCAGCGGGGAGGUGCGACGGAGAGGGAGGAGACGACGACAGCGCCGAAGACGACGCCUUGCUCCGCGGGGGCCUUCUCCGGGUCGCCUUCUUGCGGCGCUCCUUCCCUCAUACCUUCCCACAGCCGCUCCUCAAAAGGUCUCAGCUUGUCAGGCCCGGCCGCCGGGCUGCGUCGGGGCCGCCUUCGAGGCCUUCCCACUCCCACCCCCCCACUUCAGCCUGCUGGGCCGACGGCCACCCACCCCCCCUCAACGCCGACGCCAUGAGCUCCGGCACGCCGUAUAUCGGGAGCAAGAUAAGCCUCAUCUCCAAAGCGCAGAUCCGCUACGAGGGCAUCCUCUACACCAUCGACACCGACAACUCCACCGUCGCCCUCGCCAAGGUGCGCUCAUUUGGAACAGAAGAUCGUCCCACAGACCGCCCUGCUCCUCCGAGGGAAGAAGUUUAUGAAUAUAUCAUCUUCCGAGGGAGUGACAUUAAAGAUAUCACUGUAUGUGAGCCUCCAAAAGCACAGCAUAAUCUGCCCCAAGAUCCUGCUAUUGUCCAAUCAUCUUUGAGCUCUGCGUCUGCAUCUUCUUUUCAACCUCAUGUGCCUUAUAGUCCUUUCAGAGGGAUGUCAUCCUACAGUCAGCUUGCCGCCAAUUCUUUAAUUGGCCAACAAUAUGCAGCAUCUCUUGGCUUAGAGAAGCUGGUAAGCCCUCCAGCAUCAGCAGCUGCUUCCAGUCCUAGCACUUCUUCAUCUCCUCAGCCAGUUUCAGAGCCUGACUUGUCAUCAGAGCCACAUCUGCUGUCUUCUAAGGGUGCUGCUUUUCCAUCUGUUCAUUCAGUGCGCAAAAGUCCAAUGGUGGAGCAGGCUGUUCAAACUGGCCCGCUGGAUAACAACUUGAAUCCCAAAAAGGCAGUCAAAGCUCCUCCAGCAAUUCAACGCAACACACGUCAGAUUCAGCAGAAUCACAAGACAAAUGAUAUAGUUGACCCACCACCUGUGCAAACGCAAGGGCAGGUGAAUGAUGAGAAUAGAAGGCCCCAGAGGAGGAGAUCAGGAAAUAGAAGAACUAGGAAUCGCUCCAGAGGACAGAAUCGACCAGCUGCCGUGAAAGAGAAUACAAUCAAGUUUGAAGGUGACUUUGAUUUUGAAAGUGCCAAUGCACAGUUCAACCGAGAGGAAUUGGAUAAAGAAUUCAAGAAGAAACUUAAUUUCAAGGGUUAGUAUUUUGGCUGUUUCUUGUAUUCCAG